AUGCGGAUAUUGGCGUCUCUCACCCUUUUGCCGGCCGUACUGGCUGCAGACAUCAAAGUCGAGAUGCUCUACCAGCGUGUAAUGGCUGUGACAAUGACAACGACCAAGUCAGCUCCUCCGACAGAGUGUACCUAUACUCCGCCGCCUAGGAACUGCGAGAGGGCCUGUGGAGUGGGAAACGUCCCCUGUGUAAACGAGACCAGGUGCUACAAUCCAUAUAUAGGGGAAGUUUGCUGUAUGGACGGGAAAUAUACACUCAAGCAAUGCGGUGGACAUGAAGUCCGAAACUAUGACCCUCCUCCAGGGGAAGACAGUUCAACUACAAGGAAACUCUCUUCCACGUCUACAUCUGAACCCAUCACCUCGUCGUCUACGAACUCUGCCGUAACAUCAUCCGGUAGCGCCCAACCUUCCAACCCAAGUGGCUCCAAUGACAAAGACGGCAACGGGGCAUCGAAAAAAGUCAGUGCUAUCAUUGGAGGUGUGGUGGGUGCUCUUGCAAUUGUAGGAGCAGUGGUCGUUGGGGUUGUAUGGUUAAUACUUCGAUCAAGGGCAAAGGAAAAAGCUGCCUGUGCGGCUGCUGCAGAAGGAGGUGCGGAUAAUGGAAUGGAAUUCAAAGCACAACUACCAUAUGGAAGCGGCGAACCAAGACAAACGGCUUCGAGGUCAGUAAUGGGAUAUUACGCACCUUCUACUCUUGGCCCCACAGAGGCUACAUCGAGCACUCCAUUUUAUAAUAUGUCUACGCCUAGGAGGGUGACAGAAUUGGAUGCCGAAGGGAUAUAUCACAUAAAUCCGACAUCUAGCUCGGUUGCGGAUGACGUUAUAAGUCCUUCGAGUGAAGGGCAGUUGUCCAAGGAUACCAAAUAG